UGGAGAAGAGAAGGUAGAGAAGGGAUAAGAAUGGAGGAGGAUCCCUGUCAUCUCAAUAAGAAUUCAAACCCCUCUUCGUCUUCUUCUUCCUCAAGGCUAAAGCUUUUUCGCUUCCAAACCACUUGUCGCAAACUCUGUUUCGAUCGGAGGAGAAUUAGGUCGACAUUUAGCAGAAUCGAAAAUGGUGGUCGACCAGGAAUCCUCUCUGAAAGAGCUCAAGAACAAGAACAAGCCAGUCAUGAGAGGAGGAGGAUGGCCGGAGGAUGCGGCGGGGCGGUGGCCCCCGUGGCUACGGCGGCUGCUGGCCAUCCGGUUCUUCGGGCAAUGCGCGCUCCAUGCCGACGCGCACCGGAGGGAGUGCAACAUGUUCUGCCUCGACUGCGCCGACGGCGCCCUCUGCUCGCUGUGCCUUGCCUACCGCCACCGCGACCACCACACGAUCCAGAUUCGGCGGUCAUCGUACCACGACGUGAUCCGGGUGUCGGAGAUCCAGAAGGUGCUCGACAUCGCCGGCGUGCAGACCUACAUCAUCAACAGCGCCCGGAUCGUCUUCCUCAACGAGCGCCCCCAGCCGAGGCCAGGCAAGGGCGUCGGCAACACCUGCGAGGCCUGCGACCGGAGCCUCCUCGACUCCUUCUGCUUCUGCUCCCUCGGCUGCAAGGUCGCCGGCCCCGGCACCGGCAAGAAGUCACCACUCGAGAGGCAACCGACAGCGUCGGGAUCCGACGACUCAUUCGCGAGCUCCAGCCUCGGUAUCGCGAGGACGCAAAGCCUCACCCCCUCAACCUCGCCGCCGGCCUCCGGCGCCCGGAGGAGGAAGGGCAUCCCCCACAGGGCUCCCUUCAGCACCGAAUAACAAACACUGCUCGACUGCAUGCUGUAUAUAUUCAAACACAACGUCGACUGCGCUCAGUUCAUCUUCAUCAUGGAGCUGGAGCCAUUUUCGUGAUCAAUGACGUGUAAUAAACUGCUGAGCUUCUGCUUCGUUCCCCGGACUCGCUCGUUCAAAUUUACAGAAAACCUAUGCGAUUUCGAUCUAUUUCUCAAUGCGGCAAUGCGUCGAACGCACGGGAUGCGUUUGCCAUCGUCGGUUGACCAUCGCAGUCGAGCCAUCUGCCUCCCGACGGCGGUCGCUGUGCAGCCACGCAGCUGGCGGUGGAUAGAUUCUGUGUCAAUGAGAAUUCGAUUCGCCAGCGGAUUUAAUCUCAGCCGUUCAUAUUUUUUUCUUAAAAAAUUCAUGUUGUUAGUUUGGAAAGUCGGCACGUGAUUAUGCUAAUGCACCUACGGAGAUAAUUAUUAAUUAUUAGUGUAGUGGUCAAUACAUAAAAAAACAGAUAGGCUCAAACGUAUCUAAAAAUUUCGAUCUCAAGAUUUAAUAUAUCAAUACUUUAUAUGUUAAUC